GAUGGGAAGAGGAAGAGUGGAGUUGAAGAGAAUUGAGAACAAGAUCAACAGGCAGGUGACCUUUGCGAAGCGAAGGAAUGGUCUUUUGAAGAAAGCUUACGAGCUUUCCGUUCUUUGUGAUGCGGAGGUUGCUCUCAUCAUCUUCUCCAAUAGAGGAAAGCUGUACGAGUUUUGCAGUAGUUCAAGCAUGCUCAAAACGCUAGAGAGGUACCAGAAAUGCAACUAUGGAGCACCUGAGCCUAAUGUCUCUGCAAGGGAAGCCUUGGAGUUAAGCAGCCAGCAGGAGUACUUGAAGCUGAAGGCACGUUAUGAAGCCCUGCAACGAUCCCAAAGGAAUCUUAUGGGAGAAGAUCUUGGACCUCUAAGCAGCAAAGAACUCGAGUCACUUGAAAGGCAGCUUGAUUCGUCCUUGAAGCAAAUCAGAUCAACUAGGACACAAUUUAUGCUGGAUCAGCUCUCUGAUCUUCAACGUAAGGAACACAUGCUCGGUGAGGCAAACAGGUCACUUAGGCAAAGGCUGGAGGGAUACCAACUAAACCCACUCCAAUUGAAUCCUACUGCUGAAGAAAUGGGAUAUGGGCGGCAACCACCUCAGCCUCAGGACGAUGGCUUCUUUCAUCCCUUGGAGUGUGAGCCAACCUUGCAAAUUGGAUAUCAGGCAGAUCCGGUAUUAGUGGUGACAGCAGGGCCAAGCGUGAAUAACUACAUGCCGGCAGGAUGGUUACCAUGAGAUUAUAUGACCAACCAAAACGUGGUGAUCAUUUCAAUUUUAUUUGAAAUAGGUAACCCAGAAAGGAAAAAAAACAAGAAUGAGAAAAAGUUACAUGGCAUGCCAUAUUGAAGGACUUAUAAAAGCAAGUAUUAUUAAUUCCCUAUUUAUUAGGAACAUUAAUGUAAGUAUUGGUCUGUUGUGUGUGCCCUAGCUGGCUUCCAUAACUGCGCUAGCUUCCCGUUUCCUUCCCUUCCUUGUAUUAAUAAGUGUUAGUGUCUGCACCAACUUAAUAUAUAUAAUCCCUUUU